GUAAAAUCCAGCAAGCAGGCAAUGAGCAAAGAAGAAAAUAAAAAUGCCAGUGUUAUCAAUCUGGACAAAGAAGAUGAUGAUGAUUUUGACCUCCCAAUGCGCUCUCCAAAAUCUGGCGACAUGCAGGGUGCCUACGAAGUGUGGAACACUCUUCCAGAGGUGGUUAAGAAGGAUCCGUCGUUUGAGCCAUUUCGGCGCUACGGACAUCGACUGGAUCAAGAGGUUCACAUCUCCCCCAGCGGGAGCACGGGUGCCAAGAGGAAAAAAGCCCUGACUUUUGAUGUGGAUGUAGGAGGUUUGUCUCCUAAGGUACAGUCCUCAGGCGGUUCCUCAGUGCCAACUGUCAUGAUAAUCAACCCCUCGGACGAGAGUCUCCAUCUGAGCUUGGAUGAGGAUGAGAUUGCCAAUUGUCCUGCUGGGCCGUCGAGUAAAGUGGAAGAAGAAAAAGAGAGCUUUGACAAGGAAAUGAUGAGUUUUUCUGACUCGAACUCGUCCUGGUGGGUUCAAAGCUUGAAGAUCUCUUUUCUGCUUAGCAUCUGGAUUAUGUCUUGUGUCGUCUUGAUGCUUGUGAAGACGUAUUCAGAUAUCAACAACUCCCAUCAAAUCUCCGUUCCACCAAACUUGACUAGAAGCUACUGGAUCUUGCAGAGUCCGACUAUGCGGCAGAUAAAAGUGGAUCUGGAAGGAGCUAUCCUUCCUACAUACUACGGUAACCUCACCACCAAGUUUAUGAGAGUCUGGGUGGAUCUCAUACAAACUAGAAUACCAAGGAGUAACAUUACUCAACACAAUAUCUUCUAUCGUAAGACAAUAUCAAAUGUUUGGAUGGUUCCAAUCGUCUCAGAAGAUGUGAUCGACUUUGCUCCAGAAGUUCGCCAAUCAAAACUGUUUGACAUUAAUGACAUUGAGUUUGAGAUGAUUCCCAACAGCCUAAUGUGUCUACAGUUCACCACCAAUCUCGCAGCCAGCUUCCCCAUCUCUAUUAGUUAUGACUUGUCUCCAAUCAACACAGAUGAUGGAAUCGUGUAUGCAGCCUUCAUACUGCUGGGACUGUACUUCCUCAUCAUAACAGAGAUAGUUCACCGCACUGUGGCGGCCAUGCUUGCUGCAACUGUCUCAGUGGCUGUUCUUGCUUUGUUUGGAGAGCGGCCAAGCCAUCAGGAUAUAGUUUCAUGGGUGGACCUCGAGACUUUGACUCUGCUCUUUUCCAUGAUGGUGUUUGUUGCGAUAUUCUCGGAGACUGGAGUCUUUGACUACUUAGCAGUGGUGGCUUACAGGCUCAGCUGUUACUUAACCACCAAGUACAAGUUCUUCAAGCUGAUGGGAGGAAGAAUUUGGAUGUUGAUAAAUAUCCUCUGCAUCAACACUGUUCUGGUUUCCUCCUUCUUGGACAAUGUCACCACCAUCUUGUUAAUGACUCCAGUCACCAUCAGGUUAUGUGAAGUGAUGGAGCUGAACCCAACACCGGUUCUGAUGGCAAUGAUUAUUUUCUCCAACAUUGGAGGAGCCAUCACUCCGAUUGGAGACCCUCCAAAUGUUAUCAUCGCCAACAACAAGGACAUCGUUAGUGCUGGAAUUACUUUUGGAGUGUUCACUACACGGAUGGGUAUACCCCUCACCAUCAUCAUGAUCCUGGUGCACUUCCAACUGAGGUACAUGUUCAGAAACAUAAAGGACUUGCAGUAUACAGAUCCAAAAGAUGUUCAAGAGUUGAGGCAUGAGAUAGUGAUAUGGCAGAGAGCGGCUGCAUCUUUAUCUUCCUACAGCAAGGAGGAGGAUUAUGUGAGAGAGACGCUCAUGAAGAAAGUUCAACGACUGCUCAGUGAGCUCAAGAAGAAGCUACUCACUGGCAGCAUUGCAAUGGAGACUUACAGAGAGGACAUAGAAGAACUUGCUCAAAAGUUCCCCAUCAGAGACAAGCCGCUGUUGCUAAAGUCGACUCUUGCGCUGAUGUUCGUGAUCGUCACGUUCGCUCUACAGUCUAUGCUGGAGCUACAUCUGUCCAUGGGCAGCAUUGCUUUCCUUGGAGCUCUCCUGUUGCUACUGCUCGACCGGGAGGACAUUGUCGACGUGUUAGCUCGCGUCGAGUGGAGCACGUUAUUGUUCUUCACCUCACUUUUCAUUUUAAUGGAGGGUCUCUCCCGCCUGGGGCUAAUAGACUUCAUCGGACACCAGACAGAGCAGGUAGUCAAGUCUGUUCACCCGGAAUACCGUCUGGCCGCGAGUAUCUGGCUGAUCCUGUGGGUCUCAGCAUUCACUUCCUCCUUCCUGGACAACAUCCCUCUGACCACAAUGAUGGUCCGGAUAGUGGUCAGUCUCAGUCAGAACGAAGAGUUGGGUCUGCCACUGCAGCCACUGGUGUGGUCCUUGGCCAUCGGCUCUUGUCUUGGAGGAAACGGGACGUUGAUCGGAGCUUCCUCAAAUCUAGUCUGUGCCUGUGUGGCUGAAAGACAUGGAUACAAGUUCACCUUCAUGGAAUUUUCAAGAAUAGGGUUUCCUGUUAUGUUGUGGAGCCUUGUGAUCGCAACAGCCUAUCUGAUGCUGGCUCACGUGUGGCUGGGAUUCAACGGUUAGAUAUAUCCACACCUGCCUUGCGUAAUGAACAGAGCAGAGAUGCUCAGAUCAACUGUGAUUUCUACACGUAACUGUGAUUUUGAGAAUAACCUAAAUAACCUUAGUAGUAGUCUUACCUUGUUACUUGUUUAUUUUUUACAUGCUAAGAUUAUUUAUUGUAUUUUAUGAAUGUUGUUUGUAUUUUCUCACUUAGAUGUUAAAUAAUUAUUGUUUUAUAGAUUUUUAAACUUUUUCUAGAGAUUUAUUGGUGGUAAAGUACUAACAUUAUUCUAUGAAUGAGUAGCUUUAUAAAAACACAGGAUAGUAAUAAUGUUCCAACUACGAUUGUAGUUGAUAAGAAUCAAUAAUUAAUAGAAGAAUUACUUGUGCUUUGUCAUCAUUAAAUUUGGAAUGUUGUAAACUUUAAAAUUUAUUGUUAAGUAACAAAGUGAUGCCUUUUAGAAAUAUAGUGAUAUAGUGAUAGUGCCUUAUAGUGAGAAUAUUGAUAAUAUAGUACAAUACCAAAGUUGGAUUAAGAACUUAAGAUUGUUUUUAACUUAAUUCGUUGCUUGAGUAUUUUUAUAGCCUCUAGUUCCUCCUGGUGCUACUGUAUUCUGUUACCUGUGAAUUUUACACAGUUUCAUUUGUUAUAAAUCUGUAGUCUAUAAAAUUAAUAUUGUUACUAUUCAAAAUAGUUAAAUUAAAUUAUAGUUGAAGUUAGUUAUACACUGUGUUGAACUGGGUGAAAUAAAUAAUAAUGAAAGUAUGUGUAAAAAAUGGCAACUACUCACUCAAGUGUUCCAAACAUAUACAACAUUGCAGUGUGCAAAUGGAAUCAAUUUAUUGUUAUAGAGUAACAAUUUUAUCCGUUAU